CAGUGUUUACAGCCCGUGUAUUACCCGGCGCUGAGUUAACAAACUGUAGGGAAUCUAAAGUGGUAGUAUAUUCAUGGCAUGACACAGUGUUGCAUGCAUGUCAAAGUCGUAGCUCUGGUCAACAAGCUUUGGCAUGACCUUUUAUCUAAGAGUGAUCUUAACAUUUGUAUAAGGGACCUGGGUCAUACGCACGACACCCCAUCUCAUCGACGAAACAUUUCUGCCAAAUAAACAUCCAAGAAUACAAAAGAGUUCCUUCCAGGAUAAUAUAUAAUUUGACUAUAGACGCGCAUUUUUUUAGAAGUUACAGAGCGGACGCAUGCACGUACGCACGUACGCUAGCUUGCACGCACGCUUUAAUAAGCAACAAUAACGCAUAAACCUCAGGUUAUGGUCGAGAAAAAUGACGGAAACUGCGGUCUAUUUGAUGGCUGAAAACUUACUACCUGCACCUGAGGCAUAUAGAUUUCUAUUUUAUUAGAAUCUGUCAAUUACAAAUAGUUUAUAUUUUAAUUAAGUUUAAUUUUGUAAUACUUAUAUAUAAUGAAAAACCUGCAUGAUUGUUGUGUUUUAGUAUGGAUAGUAUAUUUGUUAGGGCAGUUUAUUGCAGCAGAAGUAUAUUCCUCUACGUCACAGAUAAAGGACGAGUUGGAAAGGCUACGGCAGGACAAUACCGUGUCAUUGCUUAGGCAAUUACUGGACAGUCAAGAACGAAGACUGGCUAGUAUGAAAAGAUUCGUACAGUCAAUUGAUCAGCUGGAAGGGGAUAUGAAAGACCCAGAAUUCAAUGUUCACCAUCCGUUGGACGCUUACAGAUUCUUCAAAAACCAUUCCGUCGUGUACAAUGAUAGUGUAACAAACCUUUUAAAUGAACUGAAGACGCACGAAGAAGAACAAGAUGAAAUAACCAAAUUAGCAAGAAAACUGACAGCAUUUCAUAAAGACGAUCUAAUAGGAGCCAUUCAAGGAUUCAUACGUAUACAGGAUGUUUAUGGUUUAGAAACACAAGAUCUGGCUGACGGAAAUGUCCGCGGACUACAUCGGCGUAAAAUGACAGCGCUGGAAUGUCAGGACAUGAUGAUUGUAGCCUUCCACUCAGAUCUAGUAGACUUGGCGCUAGAAUGGCUCGAGGUUGCGUUGCAACGUAUAGAAGCUGGGGACGAUACGAUUACAUACACGAAAAUUCUCUGCAAGGCGGCAGCUGUAGCUUUUAAUGUAAAAUAUGAACUGACAGCUGCCAUGCUUUAUGAAUACGUACUUGAACGUAACCCAAGGAGCAGAUAUCAUAGGCAAAAGAUGAAAUAUUACCAAGGAUACAAUACGCAGGAUGUUGUCAGAUACCCACUGCCUCACGAGGGCUUUCCUAAGGCAUGCCAAAUGACUAUGGAAAACAAGAAUCAUAUACGAAGGGAACACGUUUGCAUGUAUCUAGACAACGGGCAUCCUCUACUUAGAUACCAACCAGCUAAAGUCGAAGUUCUGUCACAAGAUCCUUAUAUCUCCGUUUAUCAUGAUUGUUUCAACUUAGAAUUUCUCACAAAAUUGAUCGAAUUAGUAAAACCGCAGAUUAACAGAUCAAUGGUAGGGAGAGUAGGGGAUGAACAUACAGCACAUUUUCGCACAAGCAAGGGACUGUUUCUAGAAUUCUCUGACCCUUUGCUGAGAUUUUACAAAUAUGUGGAAGCCUUGACAAUGCUACGACAGGAAUCUUUUGAAAAGUUUCAGGUAGCUAACUAUGGUAUUGGAGGACACUAUGAAACGCAUAGAGACUUUUUCGAUUUUGAUGAGAAGGAUCACAAGAUGAACAACCGAAUAGCAACUUUUAUGAUAUACCUGACUGACGUUGAAGAAGGCGGAGCAACUGCUUUCUCCGAAUUAGAUGUAUCGGUUGCACCAGAGGCGGGUAAAGCGGUGUUUUUGGUAUAACCUGCAUCCAGAUGGCGAAAGAAAUUAUUUGACUGCACACGGAGCAUGCCCAGUUAUUUCCGGUGACAAAUGGGUGGGAAAUAUUUGGAUACGAGAGCAAGGACAGGAAUUUACUAGACCUUGCAAACUUGACGAUUUAAAAUGGACAUAGCAAAAAUAGAAUAUUACAAUGAUUGGAAUCAAAUACUUUCAGCCAGAGUAACAGAGUGCGCCAUUCAAGACAGUUAAUUUUGAUAAUGGCUUGUACAAUAGUGUGCUCGAAGGAAAAGAUACGGAGAUUGGACAAAAUACUGGUGCUUGACGUUAUUCAUCAAAUUCAGGCACCUAUUCAUAUUUACUAAAUACAUCUACAUUUUACAUCCUGCGUUUAUAUUUUUUUGCUUUACCUGCUAUCAACAGCUGUGUAUAUCAGACUUGAAAUAUUUUGUGUUGGUUUGAAACACCUGACAUUUUGUAAUUUAUAGCAAAGUCUGUUAGGAACAGAUACAUUGUGUAUGUAAAUGAAAUAAUCACUGACAGUCUUUAUUUAGAUCAGUGUUGUGAUAUUUUCUGGUCCUUUGGGAUCAUGGAGUCUACACAAUGUUAAUGAGUAGUAGAGUUCAGCUUAAGUCCGCGCUAUGGGGCGUGAUGGGUGUUGCGCUUUUCACUAUCUCUCAUGAACAUACUCAUUCAAACAGAGUCUGCUAUUAUUUUGCUAACAUAUUUGUUGAAAUAAAUCCACCAUAUAUUUUUGUAAAUUCGGAUUUCAUAUAUAAACAUAUAUAUAAAAAUGUAAAUAUAAUAUAUAAAUAUAAAUAUAAUAAAUAUAAAAAAUAUAUAUAUUCAAUUUAAAAGAAACGGUAGGGUGUGACCCCUCUAUACUUCAUAGAGAUUUUUCCAUCUUGA